AUGGUACGCGAAGGCGAGGGGACCAGGACUCGCGGGAGGCCACCGCGGAGGCUGCGACUCAAGCAGCGGCCGCCCUUAGCCAGGCUCAUCGCGCUAGGAGCACCCGGGUCCGGGGCCGCCUCCCUCCCCGCUUUCCUUGCGAGCCGUCGAGCCCUGAACAAUCAACCCCAGGGCCGGGCAGCGUCCCGAUCGUGGGUUGUCGCCGGGUACCCGGCCGAGCCGGGAGCUCAGCUUGGCUCUCCACGUGCAGGUCCCGGGGACCAGCGGCUAAUUCCGUUCCCGCCCCUGACAGUCACGCAGGCGGGAGACAGCCCAGUGGCGGCCAAGUGCAGGGGGCCCCGGGUGGCUGACAGCUCUGCCUGGAGGGCGUCGCUUAAAAAGGCAGGAGGAGGAGGAGACAUGAGGGUGAGGAGAGUCCGCCCUCCGGGGUCGCCGCGCGAGCUAAUCACAGCGGGCGCACCGCGGCGCGAGCCCCGACGCCCGCAGGUUCACGCGCGGCUCCCCUCCGCCCCCACCCACGGCGCUCCCCGGGACCUUGGCGGUGACCCCGAGGGGACCAGCCCGCGCUCGCCACCUAGCUGUCACAUAGCCCGGGGAAAACUUGCAGAAGGACGAGGAAGGCUCCCGUCCCGCCUCCCCUCUGUCCACGCGCGCCAGCCCGGGAGGGGACUCGCGCCGAGCUUGAGCUCCACGGGUUUCACUUGGAAACAAGCGCGGCGGCUGGAGUUCCCCAACUGUCCUGUCGGCUUCUGCACAGACCCAGUUUGUUCCUGGGCCGCCAACUCUGAGGAUUCGUUAGAUCCCGAUCACUUGAUUUUUUUAGGGUCACCAACAUUUGCACCUCACCCCUCCUUUCCAGCUUCCACGAAGUUCACGCCCAGGCGCCUCCUACCCGCACCGCUGAGCCGGCGCCGGGGAGGACCCGGGUCAGCUCCUCCAGCCGCACUUCAAAGGCCAGGAUUUCGGUGUUCCGCGCCCGCAAAGGAAAUAAAAGAGCAGAAUUAAUGAUAAUCGAGCCUAUCUGAACUUCUGUUCGGGCAAAGAAACACAUUUAUUUAAAUGAUGUGUCCCCUGUGGGCUGUUUGCAGGACAAGACUCCU